GCAAACACAUGCAUACUAAUACACCAUUCUGUGAGUUUCUGAUAAUAUGAUUUCUCUUUUUAUAAUUUUCUUUAAGCAUCUGUGUCCUUUAGAGAUGAAGUUCAUUUGUUUGACGCUGCUGAUUAUUAGUGGAAUUACAGGCUCAAGAUCAGAGCAGUAUAAGCUAGAGGGAUCAGCAGAUCCUGUGUUUGCUGUAGCUGGUGAAGAUGUGAUUCUGCCCUGUUCAGUCAAACCCAGCAUCAGCGUUGUGGACAUGAGAGUGGAGUGGUUUAGAUCUGAUCAGAAAGACUUACUAGUUCAUCUCUAUGAUGAUCAUGAAGACAAAAACACAGAGCAGAUUCAGACCUACAGAGGGAGAACAAAACUGAAUCAUCAAGAACUACAGAGAGGAAACGCAUCACUCAAACUCUCAUCAGUCCAAAUAUUUGAUGAAGGACUUUAUAAGUGUUUUAUUCAGUCCAAAUCCUGGAACAAUGACACCACUGUUAAUGUUAAAGUUGAAGCUGUAGGUCGUCCUCCAGUGAUCACUGUAGAUGGGUUUGAUCAUUCAGGAGGGCUUCAUCUUCAGUGUGAAUCUGAAGGCUGGUAUCCUGAACCUGAUCUUGAGUGGCUGGACAGUGAAGGAGUCAGUUUAAAUUCAGAAACUACAGAGACACACGGAAACACAGAGGGAUUCAGUGUAAAACGUGCUAUCACUUUACAUCACAGUGACAAGAUUCACUGCAGAGUCAAACUGAGACAUCACAUGCUGGAGACACUGAUUAUCAGCUCAAGUAAUAUGUUUAUUUCUUGGAGGACACCAGUCAUCCUAAUUUCAGUUUUUGUUGUGCUCAGUAUGAUUGCUGGAAUAUUGAUAGCUGUGUUUGUUCAUAAAAACAAAGUGAGCCGUUUAAGAACAUACAUGGUGAAUGUAAUUUUGGAUGCUGAUACGGCUCACCGACGUCUCAUUGUGUAUUGUGAUGGGAAACAAGUGAAACUUGUAAAAGCACACAGAAAAGAAUCGGAUAGAAAUGAAACACAAAAAGAGAGAUUUAAUGCAUAUCAUGGUGCUCUUGGGAAGGAUGGAUUCUCCUCGGGGUGUUUCUACUUUGAGGUGCAGGUGAAGGGACAAACUGAGUGGGAUUUAGGAGUGACCAGAGAAUCUGUGAACAGGAAGGGGUCGAUCAGUCUGAGUCCUGGGGAUGGAUACUGGGCUGUGGGUCUGAAAAAUGGGAAGUAUUGGGCUCAUGAAUCUCCACGUGUCUCUCUUUCUAUGAGUGUAAUUUCUCAGAGAGUCGGUGUGUUUGUAGAUUAUGAGAAGGGUCUUAUCACUUUUUAUGACGUGGAGUCUAUGUCUCUUAUGUAUUCUUUCACUAAUCAGUCUUUUGAUAAGAAACUCUAUCCAUUUGUUAGUUUGGGGUAUCUGAAGAAUGAAAACUUCACACCACUGAUUAUCUGUGAUGAUUAUUAAUGUGAUCAGUAACUGGAUUUACAUUACGAAAUAAAAGGAAAUUAAAUGAAAAGUGUAAUGUAAUAAACAUUACAUAUAACUUACAGUACACACAAGAAGGAUUGUAUGUGAUCUUAAAUGACUAAAAUGACUGUAAAAGACUUAUAUUUGUAAACAAAUACAAAUACUUCCUCUAUAUCAAUAUGAAUGUUGUUUACAAGAUAAGGGGUUUAAUUUAUCUAUAAAUAUUAUGAAAUACAUUUAUUUAUGAAUACUGUUUUGAGCUGGAGCAGAUAAUGAAUGAAAAGCAUCAUACAGUUAACUGUUCCUCCUUCAAUAGUGUUUGGUAUUUGUUGAUGAAUCUUUAGAUAGAGUAAAGCUGGAAUCAAACAACAAGAUCAAAUAGAAGAAUAGAAAUGAAUUUGUGUCACGAGUUGUUAACUAUAUAAUUCCCACAGUGCUGUCUGUGUUAUUACUUGGUUUUCUCUACUUUUAUGUUUGAUAGCAUAAAGAAUUAGUAGGUUGGUCCAAAUAUUGAUUAGAUUUGUGAAAUAAAUGAACUAUGAGUUUAAGUUAAUUAAUUUACUCCUAUAUGCAUUCAUUUUCAUGUUAUGUAUUAAUUUGUAACAUUAAUAUCAAUGUGACAAAGGGCAUGUUUACACCUGGUCACUUUCGUUCCAGCAAAUGUUAAGAUGUUUUCAGUGUGUCUGAUCUUCUGUGCUGCAUACAAACUAAGUAGAUUUGUACUGCCAAUCUUCAAUAAGUAUCAUAACAAUAUAAAAAGUCAAUACAACUCAUGUACUGUAGUCAAAAUCUCCUGAAGCCAUGUUAUGUUGUGAUGAACAAACUGUUAUUAAGUUAUAAUUGUCCCUUCUAAUAGAGCUUACAAAUCCAUGAAAGUGUAAUACCUGAUGUAAAUGCAGUAUUGUGACACAUUUAAUUUAGCACCUUUAAAUAUAAAUAUUUUAUACCUGCUCAAUUUGUGUAUACUUUGCUCUGUAUGUAAAAUGUAAAAGUUUAGUAUCAUCAUAUUUUUAUAAUAGCUGUUGAGAAUGAACACAAUUAAAAAUCAUUUUAA